UCGGUGAAGUUGCUGAAAGAUUAAAGAUUGAAAUUUGUUGUUUGUAAUAAAAUCACUCUACGUUAUUUAUAUCUAUGGUCAUAGUUGUGAAAGAAUCAAGAAGAAAACAUAAAGUUUAAUAAAAUAAGUUAAAGAAAUCUCAUGUGGUAAACAAACAAAAUAAUGGCUUGUCAUUACGUAGUUACGGCUCAAAAAGCUACUGCCGUAAAAGCGUGCGUCACUGGAAAUUUCACUUCACCAACAGAUUUAAAUCUUGUUAUUGCUAAAAACACACGAUUAGAAGUCCAUUUGGUUACUCCCGAAGGUUUGAAGCCUAUGAAAGAAGUUGGAAUUUAUGGGAAAAUAUCGGUUUUGAAGUUAUUUCGACCGGAGAAAGAAGAAAAAGACUUAAUAUUUGUUUUGACUUCUCGAUACAAUGCUAUGAUCUUAGAAUGUGUACGAGAAGGAGACAAUAUUUCUAUUAUAACAAAAGCCCAUGGCAAUGUAUCGGAUAAAAUAGGAAAACCGGCAGAAACUGGCAUUUUAGGUGUAAUUGAUCCAAAAGCACGGGUAAUUGGCUUGAGACUUUAUGAUGGACUAUUUAAAAUUAUUCCAUUGGAUAAAGAUACUAGUGAAUUACGCGCUACAAGUUUAAGAAUGGACGAACUGCAGGUACAAGACGUUGAAUUUUUACAUGGUUGUGCUAAUCCUACACUAAUAGUAAUUCACCAGGAUAUGAAUGGGAGGCAUAUUAAAACAUUAGAAAUAAAUUUGAAGGAAAAGGAAUUUAUGAAAGUUCCUUGGCGUCAGGAUAAUGUCGAAACAGAGGCUAGCAUACUAAUUCCUGUUCCUUCACCCUUUGGUGGUGCACUUGUAAUAGGUCAAGAAUCAAUUGUUUAUCAUGACGGAACUUGCUAUGUUGCUAUAGCACCACCCAUAAUAAAGCAAAGUUCUAUAACAUGUUACGCACGUGUGGAAUCAAAAGGAACAAGGUAUUUACUUGGGGACAUGGCAGGACAUUUAUUUAUGUUAUUUCUUGAAACAGAAGAGAGGUCAAAUGGAAAACCGUAUGUGAAAGAUCUGAAAGUUGAAUUAUUAGGUGAAAUAUCAAUACCUGAAUGUAUCACUUAUCUUGACAAUGCUGUUCUGUUUAUUGGAAGUCAUUUAGGAGAUUCGCAACUUGUUAAAUUGUCAGCUACUGCUGAUGAACGUGGUUCCUAUGUUCAACCAAUGGAAACAUUUACUAAUUUGGGCCCUAUUGUAGAUAUGUGCAUAGUUGAUUUAGAAAGACAGGGUCAAGGGCAAAUUAUAACGUGUUCUGGUGCCUUAAAAGAGGGAACAUUACGCAUAAUACGUAAUGGUAUAGGCAUACAAGAACAUGCUUCAAUUGAUUUGUCAGGAAUAAAAGGCAUAUGGGCAUUACAAACAUCAAAUAUCAAUAAAAAUACAUUGUCUCAACAUGACACAUUAAUUUUGUCAUUUGUUGGUCAAACAACUAUUUUGACUUUGUCUGGGGAAGAAGUUGAAGAAACUGAAAUUCAAGGAUUUGUCAGCGAUCAGCAAACAUUUUGUUGCGCAAAUGUCAAAUACAAUCAGAUUAUACAAGUUACUACAGAGGCAGUUCGGUUAGUCUCGAUUGAGUCAUCUUCUUUGGUUUCAGAGUGGAAACCAGCUCAUGGGCAAAGUAUUGGUGUAGUUUCUUGUAACUACUCACAGUUAGUUUGUGCUUCUAGAUGUGAUAUAUAUUACUUAGAAAUCGGUGAUGGACAUUUGAUGAAAAUAAGUCAAGUUACUCUGGAGCAUGAAGUUGCUUGCUUAGAUAUAACACCAUUAUCUGAUACUAAUGAUGAAUCAAAACUGGUCGCGGUUGGACUGUGGACAGAUAUUUCAGCAAUCAUAUUGCGGCUUCCAAAUUUGGAGGAAUUGUAUCAUCACAAAUUGGGUGGAGAAAUCAUACCAAGAUCUAUAUUAAUGGCAUCAUUUGAAGGAAUAAACUAUUUACUUUGUGCGCUGGGAGAUGGAUCAAUGCAGUAUUUCUUUUUGGAUUCAGACUCCGGAGUAUUGACAAACAAGAAAAAAGUGACGCUUGGUACACAGCCCACAGUGUUGAAGACUUUCAAAUCUUUUUCUACCACAAAUGUAUUUGCAUGUUCUGAUAGACCAACAGUGAUAUAUUCAUCAAAUCAUAAGUUAGUUUUUUCAAACGUGAAUAUGAAGGAAGUCAAUCAUAUGUGUUCAUUUAACACUGAUGCAUAUCCUGACAGCUUGGCUUUAGCUACAGAUAGUACUAUAACUAUUGGAACAAUUGAUGAGAUCCAAAAACUUCAUAUACGGACAGUGCCAUUAGGAGAAACACCUAGGAAGAUUGCUUACCAAGAAUCUUCACAGACUUUUGGUGUCCUUACAACCAGGGUAGAUGUGGCGGAUUCAAACGGUCUCACGCCGACCAGAGCUAGUGCAUCAACACAAGCCCAAAAUAUAACACAUUGUUCAACAAUGGGUUCUUUAAUCCUAAAUAAACCAGGUGUUGGAGCAGGAAUUCCAAAUGCUGAAUUUGGACAGGAAGUCGAAAUUAAUAAUCUUUUGAUAUUGGAUCAAAAUACAUUUGAAGUGCUCCAUGCACAGCAGUUAAUGCAAACAGAAUCUGCAUUAUCGUUAAUCAGCACAAAAUUGGGUGACGAUCCGAAUACCUAUUUCAUUGUUGGCACUGCACUUGUAAAUCCUGAAGAUUCGGAACCAAAGGUUGGCAGAAUCUUAAUGUAUCACUAUGUGGAUGGAAAAAUAAAUCUAAUUGCUGAAAAGGAAUUAAAAGGAGCCUGUUAUACAUUAGUUGAAUUUAAUGGAAAGUUAUUAACAACUAUCAAUAGUACUGUACGAUUAUUUGAAUGGACAGCAGAAAAAGAACUACGUCUCGAGUGUAGCCAUUUUAAUAACAUAAUAGCCUUGUACUUAAAAACCAAAGGAGAUUUUAUUCUGGUAGGUGACUUAAUGAGAUCCAUGACUUUAUUACAAUAUAAGCAACUUGAGGGUAGUUUUGAAGAAAUAGCUCGUGACUACGACCCAAAUUGGAUGACUGGUGUAGAAAUAUUAGAUGACGAUACGUUCUUAGGAGCAGAAAAUGGACAAAAUUUAUUUGUUUGUCAGAAGGACAGUGCUGCUGCUUCUGAUGAAGAAAGACAACAAAUGUCUGACACUGCACAGUUCCAUCUCGGUGAUAUGGUGAAUGUCUUCAGGCAUGGAUCACUUGUUAUGCAAAAUCGAGGUGAAACUUGUACACCCACAACGGGUUGUGUAUUAUUUGGCACUGUAUCGGGAGCUAUAGGUUUAGUGACUCAGAUAUCUCAAGAACUCUAUGAUUUUUUGCUUACAUUACAAUCAAGAUUGAAAAAAGUUAUAAAAUCUGUUGGAAAGAUCGAUCAUUCGUUCUGGAGAAGUUUCAAUUCAGAAAUGAAACCAGAGCCUUGCGAAGGCUUUAUAGAUGGUGAUCUCAUUGAAAGUUUCUUAGAUCUCAGUCGAGACAAAAUGAGGGAGUGUGCAGUUGGAUUGCAGAUGCUUAAUAAUGGUUCAGGUGAUUGUGGUGAUGCUACAGUAGACGACAUUGUAAAAAUAGUUGAAGACUUGACGAGAAUUCAUUAAGAUUGACAGUUUUGAUUCUGAAGUUAAGAAUUUGAUUAAUUGAUA